AUGACAAUUUCAAAAAUAGGUGGUAGAGCUGGACGGUUCAAAGAUCUUGAUGCCAAGCUUGAUGUUGCCAUUAUUAGUGAUGUAGAUGUACCUCCUCAGGAUGAUAUCGAAGUUCCUUCUCAGGAUGAUAUCGAAGUUCCUUCUCAGGUUGAUACGAAGGUUCUUAUUGUAGCUGAUAUAGUGGUUCCUGUUAUAGCUGAUAAGGAGGUGGCGACUCAAACUGAUACAAACCAGUGUUUACACAUAUUUGGAGGGUUCCAUGGAGGGCCCAAUGACCCUACCUUACUCACUGGGUAA